AUGAUCUACCAGCAAAGCAAGGAAAGCUUCCGGGAUGAGUGCACCAAAGCGCUGAUCGGCAGCAUUGUCAUCACCCGCUACAACAACCGCACCUACUGCAUAGAUGACAUUGAGUGGGGCAAGUCCCCCAAAGACUCCUUCACCAUGGCCGACGGCUCCACGACCACCUUCAUCAAGUAUUACAGGUAAGGCCUGGUCUGAAGUCGGCCAUUCAUUCAAUGUCAAGCAGGCAACUAUACUAUGUUUUUGAACAGAGAAGUGUGUGUUGUUCAAGUGCAUUUCCUAUGUGUUUAUUAUACCUUUUUUCCUGUAAAAUGAACAGCAAAAACUACGGCAUCACCAUAAAAGAUAUGGCCCAACCCAUGCUUAUCCAUCGACCCAAAGAGAGGUCCAAGCAAGGGGGAAAGAUAAAAAUAUUCCUAUGGACUCAUUAGCUGAAGCUAUGAAAUGUAGCAUUAUCUUGAAAUAGUUAUAUUUUUGUACUUAUUUAUUCAUACUCAUCUCAAAAUAUGAUCUUGUCUAUCCUCACACAACCAACAACCCUGAAACAAAAUACUUGUCUGUAUCCUUGACACAGAAGGCCACCUUGUGGCGCUAGUCAGUAUUGAGAUUAAUCUCAACAUACUCUGUUUUCAUAGCUCUUUAUGUUGUUCUACUAUAACACAUAAUCCUUUCGAGUUUUUAUUGUGUAGUUGGAGACAUUUUUCUCCAUAGAGAUACAAUAUGCAAUACGUUCUAUUUCAUUUUGUGUGUCUUCCAGCAAAUCAGGCCCGGCGCCACGAGGCUGCAAUGCCCCCUUAGUUUGAAUAUUGUGCCCCCUCAGUUUUGUAUCCCUAAUCUGUCCCCUCCGUCAUGCCCAACCCAUUUGUUGUGUAUGCUUCAUUCAUGCAACUCCCUUGCACGCAUCAUAUAUACAUCAUACACGUUUUACCAGUUGAAAAAAAAAACAUUUUGAUUGGGUCAAUUUGACUGUUUAGGUUUACUUUAAAAGUUAUGUAGUACGGAAAAAAAAUGUUUCACCGCGCAGCUGGAUGGAAUUGAGCUAAUGUUAACAGUUAGGUAGGUAGCUGAUAGCAUGAUGGAUAUUAGAAUGUGGCUUCACCAGGGCACAACCGCAGCAUCGGAUCAAAGGGUAGGGGAGGGGGAGAAGCCUGCCACAGAGGCCAAGGCCGCUUAGACUACGCUAAUCACCGAGGACAAGGCCGCCGAGCCCAGCAGCAAAGGCACCUGCGCAACCGUCUUGCUGCCUGGUGACAUAGGAGGUAACCAACCCGCGGAGGGGCCUGCAGCCGCCAAGACCGAAUCUAGCAGCAGCACCGCCAGGAUAUUACAAGCACCGACACCUCCGUUAGUGCCUGACGACCUCGGUGAUGAGGAGCCAACCCAGGUUUGUCUAGGGAAAUACCCAACCAGCCUGUACUGUGGGAGAAAACGUGCAUUUUGUAGCGUGUGGUUCAAAGGCAGAGAGUGUCUGGAAUAUUCCUGCAAGGCAAAUGCAGCUUUCUGCUAUCCUUGUCGAAAAUGUAACAUUGGCUCCAUGCUAACGCCGAUAAGGCAUUCACCCAAACUGGAUAUAAUAACUAGCGACCUGCCAUUGAUAGCAACAAGGGACUGGGGAGGCACGUAUCAAGCAAAUAACAUUUGAAAUGCAUGGUACUUUGGACAGAAAGACAAGCAAGGAAUGCACAGGGAGCGGAGAUUUCAACACUUGUGAAUUCUGCACAGCUUGCAAUAAAUCAUAUGUAUUUGUCAUCGAUUGUGAACAUUGUGGCAUUUCUUGCUGUCAAUGAGCUUCCUCUUAGGGGAACUUUGGAUGCGAUGGAUGCAAGAGGGGAGGGGCGCGGUGGACUAUUCCUGGCGAUGUUAGAUUAUAAGAUCAGGAAAGACAAGCAACUUGCUAGUGCCUUAAGCACAAUUCUCCGCAAUGCCACAUACACAUCUCAUGCCAUCCAGAACGAAAUAAUUGGGCUCAUGAGUGAGGUAGUCACAGAGGAAAUUGUAAAGGAAGUAGGUGAUUCAUGGUACACAUUUAAAGUGGAUGGGACUAAAGACCUAACGGGGUGCGAGAACAUUUCAAUUGUACUCCAUUGUGUGGGCGAAAACAAUCGUGUUUGUGAGCGGCUACUGUCAAUGGCAAUGAGUAAAGAAUGUGAUGCUUUAUCGCUGACUAACUUGGUCCUUUCAGAGCUAACAAAUCUUGGCCUUAGUACCGAGAAGAUUCUUAGUCAAUGUUAUGAUGGGGCCAGUAUGAUGUCUGGUAAACAAGGGGGCAUGCAAAGGGUAGUGCAGGACAAGCUGAAUCGGGAAGUGCCUUAUGGGCAUUGCUUUAACCACCAGCUGCAUUUAGUCAUAGUGCACGCUAUGUCCUCUGAGGGUGCAUUGGAUGACUUUUUUAAUGUGUGUAAUUCCCUUUACAAGUUUCUCAGGAACCCAACUGUGGCUGCACAAUAUACGGGAGAGAAACUGAAACGGCUGCUUGAGCAGCGAUGGACUGGUCAUCUAGCCACGGUGAGUGUCAUUAUAAAAUCUCUGGACAGCAUCAUCCACCUGCUCAGAGAAAUCGAGAGUAACGGCACCUAAGGUACAGAGGUGCGACUUGAGGCUGUGGGCCUAUUGAAAGCUGUUUCCGAGCCGAGCUUCAGAUUCAUUGCCUUCAUGGUCCAUAAAGUCCUCAGCCUGCUCGACACCCCCACCCCCCCCUAACAAGUUACUUCAGGCUGAAGCAACAGAUCUGUACACUGGCAUCUGAGUCGUCCGCAGUGCCCACAAUUGCAUGAAAAAACUGCAACGUGACAGUGAGUUUGAGUUAUUGGAGAAAUACAAGCACACGGACACCCCUGCUCCAAGCAAACAGCAAAGAGUAGUGAGUAGUAAUCUGAAAGAAUAUGUGGUCGAAACAACAAUAGGCCAGCAAGAAGAGGAUAAUGAGAGGGAGUGCAAAAUACUUUUCAGCAUUCUGGAUGCUGUACUGGGAGAAAUGUCAGCAAGAUUUAACGAACGAAACCGACAACUUGUUGAGGCCCUGUGUGCCUUGCACCCAAAGAAUGAAACAUUUAUGGAUGUGGAAAAGGUGAAACCACUGCUGGACUUAAUCUCAUGAGACUUUGGGGAAGUUGAGUUUACUGUCGCACGCCAGUUUCUACAGACUGAAAUUGCCCGAUCUGGAGAAGAAAAAUGGACUAUGCAGAGCAUUUUGGAUAGAUACUCCGGGCCUCUAACAGCAAUGCCUACUGUGAUAAUGGCAUUGAAGCUGGGAUUAACAUUUGGAGCAUCCACGGCAACUUGCGAGAACUCUUUUUCAACAUUGAAAAACGUAUUCAGUGAGCACAGAUGGAGCAUGUUGCACAGGAGGAAAGCGCAGCUGAUUCAACUGGCAUUUGAGAGGGAUCUUACAAGCAAAUUCCGUGGGGAGUGGAAUGAGAGACUGCUGAGGAGGUUCAACACAGCAUCAAGGCGCCUACAACUCUUUUGAAUCUGGGUAAGAACAGGCAGCCUGGCUGGGCUUGUAUUAUUUUGUUAUUUGCUAGCUUUUGGAAAUGCGUGGCAAAUGUCAGAAAUAGGCAUAGACGUGAUUUUCUUUAUUGGAGUUGCUGCCAAGUCUACUGCUUGAUUUCUGUGAUGUGAUUGGAUUGGAACUGUUUGGUUUAUAAUAUAAUCAGAUUGUUUUUAAUGUUGUUUUAUAUGGUAGAAGAGGUGCAUUGCAUUACAUUGAUGAGGGUGGGCAGACAUUGACCAAUGGUUGAGUAACGAUGUAGCUAUAGUGUUGCCAUAAACAACUAAUUGCUAUGGAAUACUAAUUUCUCUGUUAUCAUACGCAGGUAGCUGCGUCCAAGCUGCAUUGUACCGAUUAGUCGUGGUAGUGCAUUGUACAUUAUUGUUUGCUUUCUGCGAUUGGAGAUGCAUUGUAUUGGUAUGAGGAAGUGUUAUUACGGUAAUUAGCAACUGUUUUGCAUUGGAUUGAUGGGUAUUGUGCAUGUAGCUGUGUAGCUACAUGCACAAUAGGGAAAUACCCAACCAGCCUGUACUGUGGGAGACCAUGUGUUCUCGCAUACCCCGAGAGCAUCUGGUCAGCGGGGUGGUGGCACAGGAAUCCUCAUCUCUCCCAAGUGGACAUUCUCUCUUUUUCCCCUGACCCAUCUGUCUAUCUCCUCAUUUGAAUUCCAUGCUGUCACAGUCACUAGCCCAUUCAAGCUUAACAUCCUUGUCAUUUAUCGCCCUCCAGGUUCCCUUGGAGAGUUCAUCAAUGAGCUUGACGCCUUGAUAAGUUCCUUUCCUGAGGAUGGCUCACCCCUCACAGUUCUGGGUGAUUUCAACCUCCCUACGUCUACCUUUGACUCAUUUCUCUCUGCCUCCUUCUUUCCACUCCUCUCCUCUUUUGACCUCACCCUCUCACCGUCCCCCCCUACUCACAAGGCAGGCAAUACGCUUGACCUCAUCUUUACUAUAUGCUGUUCUUCUGCUAAUCUCACUGCAACUCCCCUCCAUGUCUUCGACCACUACUUUGUAUCCUUUUCUCUUUCGCUCUCCUCCAACACUACUCACUCUGCCCCUACACAGAUGGUAAUGCGCCGUCGCAACCUUCGCUUUCUCUCUCCUGCUACUCUCUCCUCUUCCAUCCUAUCAUCUCUUCCCUCUGCUCAAUCCUUCUCCCUCCAAUCUCCUGAUUCUGCCUCCUCAACCCUCCUCUCCUCCCUUUCUGCAUCCUUUGACUCUCUAUGUCCCCUAUCCUCCCGGCCGGCUCGGUCCUCCCCUCCUGCUCCGUGGCUUGACGACUCAUUGCGAGCUCACAGAACAGGGCUCCAGGCAGCCGAGCGGAAAUGGAGGAAAACUAGACUCCCUGCAGACCUGGCAUCUUUUCAUCCCUCCUCUCUACAUUUUCUUCAUCUAUUUCUGCUGCUAAAGCCACUUUCUACCACUCUAAAUUCCAAGCAUCUGCCUCUAACCCUAGGAAGCUCUUUGCCAUCUUCUCCUCCCUGCUGAAUCCUCCUCCCCCUCCCCCCUCCUCCCUCUCUGUGGAUGACUUCGUCAACCAUUUUGAAAAGAAGGUUGACGACAUCCGAUCCUCGUUUGUUAAGUCAAAUGACAUUGCUGGUCCUUUUCACACUGCCCUACCCUAUGCUUUGACUUCUUUCUCCCCUCUCUCUCCAGAUGAAAUCUUGUGACUUGUGACGGCCGGCCGCCCAACAACAUGCCCGCUUGACCCUAUCCCCUCCUCUCUUCUCCAGACCAUCUCCGGUGACCUUCUCCCUUACCUCACCUCGCUCAUCAACUUAUCCUUGACCACUGGCUAUGUCCCUUCCGUCUUCAAGAGAGCGAGAGUUGCACCCCUUCUCAAAAAACCAACACUCGAUCGUUCCGAUGUCAACAACUACAGACCAGUAUCCCUUCUUUCUUUUCUCUCCAAAACUCUUGAGCGUGCCGUCUUUAGCCAACUCUCUUGCUAACUCUCUCAGAAUGACCUUCUUGAUCCAAACCAGUCAGGCUUCUCUGUGUCACGGAGGCUCUCCGCACUGCUAAAGCUAACUCUCUCUCCUCUGCUCUUGUCCUUCUAGACCUGUCUGCUGCCUUUGAUACUGUGAACCAUCAGAUCCUCCUCUCCACCCUCUCCGAGUUGGGCAUCUCCGGCGCGGCUCACUCUUGGAUUGCGUCCUACCUGAACGGUCGCUCCUACCAAGUGGUGUGGCGAGAAUCUGUCUCCGCACCACGUGCUCUCACCACUGGUGUCCCCCAGGGCUCAGUUCUAGGCCCUCUCCUAUUCUCGCUAUACACCAAGUCACUUGGCUCUGUCAUAUCCUCACAUGGCCUCUCCUAUCAUUGCUACGCAGACGACACACAACUAAUCUUCUCCUUUCCCCCUUCUGAUAACCAGGUGGCGAAUCACAUCUCUGCAUGUCUGGCAGACAUAUCAGUGUGGAUGACGGAUCACCACCUCAUGCUGAACCUCGGCAAGACGGAGCUGCUCUUCCUCCCGGGGAAGGACUGCCCGUUCCAUGAUCUCGCCAUCACAGUUGACAACUCCGUUGUGUCCUCCUCCCAGAGUGUGAAGAGCCUUGGCGUGACCCUGGACAACACCCUGUCGUUCUCCGCUAACAUCAAGGCGGUGACCCGAUCCUGUAGGUUCAUGCUCUACAACAUUCGGAGAGUACGAUCCUGCCUUACACAGGAAGCGGCACAGGUCCUAAUCCAGGCACUUGUCAUCUCCCGUCUGGAUUACUGCAACUCGCUGUUGGCUGGGCUCCCUGCCUGUGCCAUUAAACCCCUACAACUCAUCCAGAAUGCCGCAGCCCGUCUGGUGUUCAACCUUCCCAAGUUCUCUCACGUCACCCCGCUCCUCCGCACACUCCACUGGCUUCCAGUUGAAGCUCGCAUCUGCUACAAGACCAUGGUGCUUGCCUACGGAGCUGUGAGGGGAACGGCACCUCUGUACCUUCAGGCUCUGAUCAGUCCCUACACCCAAACGAGGGCAUUGCGUUCAUCCACCUCUGGCCUGCUGGCCCCCCUACCUCUGCGGAAGCACAGUUCCCGCUCAGCCCAGUCAAAACUGUUCGCUGCUCUGGCACCCCAAUGGUGGAACAAGCUCCCACACGACGCCAGGACAGCAGAGUCACUCACCACCUUCCAGAGACACUUGAAACCCCACCUCUUUAAGGAAUACCUGGGAUAGGAUAAAGUAAUCCUUCUACCCCCCCCCCCCUUACCCCACCCCAAAGAAAGAAAAAAACAUAUUGUAAAGUGGUUAUCCCACUGGCUAUAAGGUGAAUGCACCAAUUUGUAAGUCGCUCUGGAUAAGAGUGUCUGCUAAAUGACGUAAAUGUAAAUGUAAACUUGCAAUUUCUCGAGACGGUUAUGAAUUGUCCAUUUUUGUAAAGCGGUGCAGUAGCCUGUAUUCUUGCGGCAAGACAGCCGUGCGUGGCUGCAAAUACAUUGUGUGUAAUUGUACUAUCGAUUACUAUCCAUCCCAUGUUAUCAGUAAGCGAAAAUAGUUGUGCCCCCUUUAGUCAUUUCUGAUGCCCCCUUGCCGAGUUAAUCCUGCCGCCGGGCCUGCAGCAAGUCAUAACCGCAGUGAUCCUGCUUCUGCCUGAGCUCUCCUUCAUGACUGGAAUCCCUGACAAAAUUAGAAAGGACUUCCGCGCCAUGAAGGUACAAUCAUUGUGUCAGCAAUGCAUUCUCUUCCCUCUGGGGUUUUCUGUGACAUUUACAUCCUGUGACAUCUACAGUCCAUGAAGGCAGCACAGUGAUUUUGAUAACGCAGCAUUUGAUAACAAUAGUAACCAGACAAUGUGUUUUCUUUCAAAUACUUUUGUUGUGCUUGCUUGAGUUUUCCUGCCUCAAUUAAAUAAAUGGAAUAGUCUCAAUUAUAAACCCAGCUGGCAAUCCAGACAGGCUCAAUCUAGCGCGCCAAGUAUUGGGGGGGGACUAAUACUGUUUGAACCCAGACAUGUCAGAGAGUAACUGGGAAGGGCAACAUCAUAGAGAUAGAAUUACUCUCGUUCUAUUGGUAUAGUGCUAUACAGAAUGACGGUUUUACCGUCCCAGGACCUGACGAUGCACAUCAAUGUGAGUGAGUAGUGAGCUGCACACCCCCUCCCUGAAGCAGCUCCUGAAGAACAUGAACACCAACCCAGAGGCCCAGAAGGAGCUGGCACACUGGGGGCUGGAGAUCAGCCAAGACAUCCUGGUGGUGAGGAUACACACAGCACAAUUAAAAAAUCAACAUUUAUCUGAGGGAAAUUAGUUAGUCGCACAUAAAAUGAACAUUAAUUUAUCUGGUGGUGAGGCUCCACACAGCUCAUUAGAUAUCAGACAACAUGCUCCCUCACACAUUACACUUAAAAAAUGGUUGGAUGCUGGGUCGUCAUUCCUGAAAUCCAUAGAGUUAACAGCAAUUGAUCAGUCGUUUGUUAAAUUAAAUGCACAAUUAAUUAGAGCACAACCAAUACAUCGGUUGACCGAUUUUAUCGGCCAAUAUUAGCCUUUCACAUAAAUAUUUGUAUUGGUGUUUAUUCCACCAUUUAAAGCACCGAUAUUGUAUACAUAGAAUGAACAAAUACGUGUGCUCAUUUCCGGUCAUCUUUAGAACGUUUCAAUGGUUGCCUGAAGAGCGCGCUCUAUGAGCUGCUCAUUGAACAUCAUUCAGCCCGUAAAUCACAACUUGAGAAUCAGAUCAAAUUAUAUUUGUCACAUGCUCCGAAUACAACAGGUGUAGACCUUACCAUGAAAUGCUUACUUACAAGCCCUUAACCAACAAUACAGUUUUAAGAAAAUAGAGUUAAGAAAAUAUUUACUAAAUAAACUAAAGUAUAAAAAAAAAUGAAAGUAACACAAUAAUGAGGCUAUAUACAGGGGGUACCGGUACCAAGUCAAUGUGCAGGGGUACAGGUUAGUUGAGGUCAUUUGUACAUGUAGGUACGGGUAAAGUGACUACGCAUAGAUAAAUCAACAACAACAAAACAGCGAGUAGCAGCAGUGUAAAAACAAGGGGGGGGGGGGGGGCAUUUUAUGAAUUGGUCCGGGUGGCCAUUUUAUUAAUUGUUCAGCAGUCUUAUGGCUUAGGGGUAGAAGCAGUUAAGGAGCCUUUCGGGUGGCCAUUUUAUUAAUUGUUCAGCAGUCUUAUGGCUUGGGGGUAGAAGCAGCAGUGAGUGGGCAUGGUGGUUUGACGGUGAGUAGCUUGCAGCCCUAUCCUCAUCACAUGCUCACUUGACGGUGAGUAGCUUGCAGCCCUAUCCUCAUCACAUGCUCACUUGGUUAACGCUAGCUGGUUAACUAACCAGCAAUGUAGUUAGGCUCUAUCUAGCCAGAAAGGUAGUUAUCCUAGCAAUCUGUGCGAUGUAUGUGCGAACACUGGACUGGCGCCAAAGUCUACACUGACUCAUCCUUCAUACUGUAGCAACCUGUUCGUUGGUUGUAUUGUACUUACCAGUACCCAGUGUUCGCGGGGUCCGACAUGCCAGUCAACCUGCUAUCUGCCAACCACGGGAAUGCCUGGAAUGUUCUGGUGCCGGGCAUCCUGGUGGUUGGUGGAGCGGCGGGGGGGUUGGCAUGGGGGUGGAGCAUCGCUAGUUUAAGACCAUGCUUAGCCAUUGUUUUCUCUCUUUCAUCUGGCCUUAACAAGAGGUGGUCACGGUUGUUUUAUACGGGUAUCCUUGAUUUAUUUGGCGUGGGCUACGGCCAAACAGUAGCCUGUGUUGAGUUUGGUUAAUAAACCGGGAAUUCGUAAACUCAAACCUCUGUCUGGACAAUUGCUAAUUUAUGAUCUAGCCAGGUCAUUACAAUACAAAAGUAACACUGUUACUGUCUGGGGCAAUUAUGUAAAUUGUUAUUUGGUUCGUUAGCGCAGAUCCAUAAUUCUGGCCAUGCGCAUCAUUCUUGUAUUAUUUGGUUCGUUAGCGCAGAUCCAUAAUUCUGGCCAUGCGCAUCAUUCAUGACGAGAUAAGAUAUUUUGCUACCUACCUAAAUUAGAGCAUGUGACUAAAACCAGUGCGACAUGCAUUUUCCCACAUUAACGUUUUCCGUCAUCAGCGCAAGCCAUUUGCAGUUGAAAUAUAUAGCCAAUACAAUUUUUUUGAAUAACAGUAAUUUACAUUAUAGUUUCAGUAAGAUUUUUUUUUAAAAUAAUGAACAGCUAGCGUGUGCUUGUCAUAACAACAGACAGUACAUUAUGUGAUAACAAGCCAGAGAUGGAGAGAAGUGGUCCUCUGUAGCUCAAUUGGUAGAGCAUGGCGCUUGUAACGCCAGGGUAGUGGGUUCGAUCCCCAGGACCACCCCUACGUUAAAAAAAAAAAAUUAUGCGCACAUGACUGUAAGUCGCUUUGGAUAAAAGCGUCUGCUAAAUGGCAUAUUAUUAAAAGAGGAGAUGGGAAUCCCAUUGGGCAAUGAAUUUAGGAACGUAUAACGCCUUACUCAGCAGACUGUCGACCAAUCGUUGUCAUGUUGAGUCACGUGGUUGCUAAACUACUCGUCACGCAAUCCCUUCUCGAAAUCAGGGUAUGAGUCGAGGAACCUGCCUAUUUUCCUUGAAAGUACGUAAUGUGACAAUUCCAAAGCUAUACGAUAUUACAGAGAACAAGUUCAUUAUCUCAAAUCUUGGAAAAUAUUUGUAGUGUUGUACUUGUUGACGAAAUCCAUGCUAAUGUUGGGGUUUUGAGCUAGCGCCCAAUUGACUCCCAUACAUUCCUUGAAGGACAGCUAUCAUUGACGACGCAUGGGAACAUGCACAAUGGGCACAAUUCCAAUGGAGUUUCCCAUCUCCUCAAAAGUAUCUCUGAACAAGCUCUCAUUGCAAGGUUGCCAUAAAGUGUUUCUUUACAUGACCCUUGACUGUUGUAAAGCACUGUAGUGAAUCUACUCAAUCCAAAGUGGUGACAUUAUGAACUGCAUGUUACAGGAUUUCACUGCAUAGUUUGUGAUCUUGUGAAAAGUGCAGUUUCAGAUUCAUGUUGAGACUAGGUUCAAUUCAUUCAGCAGUUGUUUAUUUGUGUGCUUGUGCUUCAGCACUAACACUUCUGCAUUCUUAUCCACCGCCAUAGAUAGACAAAUCUGUAAGUUAUACCUAAGAAGGUAAACUGAAGUGUUUUGUAUUUAUACAGGAUAUAGUUGCUUUUUGGUGGUCAUCAUGUAAACAACAAAUUUAUUUAUUUUAAUAUUUAGUUAAGAAAUCAUCAUUUGCAGUAUCAGUUAAACCUUUUGAGCACAAUUUGUAUUUAAAAAAAUGUUUUUCAUUCCACCUUUAAAAAACCAUAUUGGUAAUCGGUGACUUUUGCCUCCCUAAAAUCGCUAUCGGACCCCAAAAUCCCAUAUCGGUCGGGCUCUAAAAUUAAUGACUAAUAAUUCAGACUAUUAUAAUUACGAAUGAUUAUGAUCAACUUGAAUAGAGUUCUUCUGGUUCUUAAUCACUCACUAUGUUUAGGUUUAUUAGGCCUGUCCUGUGUUCAGAAAGCCUCCCAUCACAGCUCCUAGGGGCCACGUUGAAGCUUUCGAAAAAUAACUUAGGACAAACGGCUUUUCCCUCAAAGUUUAACCACAAGAGGAUGUCAUACAUUUUCUCAAAGCUGCUUUUAAAAGUCGAGUAAUAAAAUAGAUUCCCAGGAGUAAAUCUCAGUUGAUAAACAUUUGGCAGUGACCUGCUGUGUGCUCCUAAUGGGUUAGAAUAGUUAAAGUCUUCUAAAAUACCUGCCGAGUUAAAUGGACUCUCAAGGGUAAAGAAUAUUUAUACAGAGCUCUUACUCUGACCUCUUAAUCAAAUUAGCAUGUAUCCACUACUCUCCGGUUUUACAAGCACUUGUAAAAGGACCCAUUUCCCCUCUCUUGAGACAUUCCAUGCAUACAGGAUUACAGACCUUUCUUUGUGUAACUAUAAAAAGUACUAUGAACUAUUGUGGUGUUCCAUCGAGACUACAGGAAGAAUUCUGCAUCCUUAGUCACUGCAGCUGAUGUCAGCUGGUCCAGGGAGGUUGUCAGGGAUGCUUCCAUCAGCUGUGUGAGUCUCAGGGUCAAAGGGUCAAGUACAGCCAACUGAGGAUAUCAGGGGAAUGACUAGCUUACUGUAGCUUGGGCGACAUUACGAUAGCACCAUAUAGCGACGAUGAUUAACAGCCAUCGUCGAUGGUGACGACAUCGUGAUGCCACACAAUGUUUUAGCCUUUGAAUUUGAACGGAGUCAGGCAGCACACAACAGCGCACAGUGGAUAAUUGAAGCGCGCCUCCGAUUCCCCAUUCAAGUGCAGGCAACAGGCAAUCAGCACAUCACCCACCACUUUACAAUGUGAGCUGGAGGCAGUAUGCAUUUUCAAAACAUAUUUAAUUGUUGAAACCUGAAUGUUUUAUUUCAUAUUAUGAGGCAUGUCUUGCUUCAAAGUAGCCUAUAGGCAAAAUCCGAAACUUGGAGGCAAUUAUUUUAUAAAGACUUCAUUGGUGGCGCGUAAAUUUGGGGAAGCUUACAAUUUAUCCUACCAUUUCUACCGUUCUGCGUGCCAGUUAUGAUUUUCAUAUGCGGAUUUUCGUGGAACAGUUUAAUUUCAAUAGUAACGUUUUCUAAAAAUCAUUGUCACGUGGUUAAUCAUCUGAAUUAAAAUGAUAAAAAUCUUAAAGUGAAAAGUAAACUAAUGCGAGAUCACCAGCCUCUGCCAUAUGGACACAUUAAUACACCGUGAUCCAUUGGCGGCUAAAGAAAUGGACGAAUGGAACUCAUGGCCUAUAGGCCAAUAAAUUCCAUUUCUCUUUCACACCGAAGAUAGGUGAUUAUCGAGGGGGAGAUUGUUGGACAGAUUUUUCAAAUAGCUUACUAUGAGGAACUAUAGUUUUACUAUAUUAUCAUUCGCAAUCGAUGUAAAAACACUUUCCUACAUUUCCGCACAGCAGACCAGGUACUUCUAUGCGUGCUCAGGCGUGCACGCUCCCUCAACAUGAUCAGGACAGAGAAACCAGACACAUGCUCACGUGGAGCACUCCAAACAAAAGACUAUUAACCCUCCCGUUGUCCUAGGGUCAAAAUGACCCGCCACUGUGUUGAACCAACUUUAUUUAAUUUUUAUAUUUUUGGGAUCAUUUGUGAGAAGGAGGCAGUGAGACUUUAAAGAAAGUAUCACUGCCUCCUUCUCACAAAUGAUCCCAAAAAUAUGAAAAAUUAAAUAAAGUUGGUUAAAAUUUCAAAACCAAAACUUGUUUCUCCCAAGUGUAGCAGGUUGUGAACUCUGCAAACAACGUUUCCACUCCGAUAAUGAGAACGAUAAAUGACUAAUACAUGUUUUAACAGAAAUCUAUGUCACCAAAUGACACGGGAUUAACGGUACAUUUAUUACUGAUAUCAUACAGUAUGUAAUGGGGAAUUUAUUUUUAAAAAUCUAAGGGCAAACAAUUAAUUUAAUGAAAGAAUUUGUGAGAGACAGCUGAGCUAUUCUGGAGAGAGACUCGCCUAUAUCUUUACCACACACCCCUCCCCUUCUUGUCUCAACAUUUUAAAUUAUACUCAAGAUACAUUAUCUUCACACAUAUUUUAGAUGCUUUUCACUGACAGCCGCAACUCAACAAUCAGCUAGGCCUAUUGCCACGCUCGCUGCCCAAAUAGCGGGCUUCCCAAAUAGGCAUAGGCCUACAAGCUUGUGAUUUGAAACAAUCCACAGCUAUUAAAAGAAAUAAGCUAAUGAUCCCGAUUCCUCUGUGGCUAAGUCAUGCUUUCUGGUGAAGCAUUUAGAAGUAUUUUAUUUAUUUCUGUAUAGACAAGAGUAAUUAUAUAAUGUUGGCAAAUGGUUUUCCAUUUACUUCCCUAUUGUACUCACCACUAUGCCAUUUCUCUCCUGUUCCAUUGGUUUUCAUAUCAACUUUCUUUUGUUGUCCACUAGCCAAAGGCACAAUCCUAGUCAUAUUAGCAACCACCCUAGUUGUUGCAUCUUUAGAUUCCCCCUCUUCCUAAGUUUCUAACAGAGAUUUACAUCUCUGUCACAUAUGGAACCUCUAUCAGGUGCGCUGUUUAGAAUGGUGUUUUCCCAGGUGCUCUGUUUAGAGUGGUGUUUUCCCGCGAAUUACAUUUUGGCAAAUAUUUGAAAAAUACAUUUUAUAGACUGCUUCAUUAGAUGCAUUACCAUAAUUGAAAUGUAAUUUUCUGUCAUUCUGAGCACCGUGGGUUGACGCCCUAAUGGGUAAUGCACCCAAUGCAUAUGGUUCCUGUAAAUACAAAUCUGGAUGCAUCUGGAUUUGAAUAUAGGCUACAUUUAAAAUUAAAUAAAAAAAUAGCAAUGAGAAACCAUUAGUUCUGGUUGUUUUUGUUGUCUUUGGCCUACCUAAAGGUUUCUGGCAAUCUCCCGAGUGGCGCAGUGCUAGCUGUGCCACUGCUAGCUGUGCCACUAGAGAUCCUGGUUCGAGUCCAGGCUCUGUCGUAGCCGGCCGCGACCGGGAGACCCAUGAGGCGGUGCACAAUUGGCCCAGCGUCGUCCAGGGUAGGGGAGGGAAUGGCCGGCAGGGAUGUAGCUCAGUUGGUAGAGCAUGGCGUUUGCAACGCCAGGGUUGUGGGUUCGUUUCCCACGGGGGCCAGUAUGAAAACAAAAACAAAAAAAACAAUAUGCACUAACUGUAAGUCGCUCUGGAUAAGAGCGUCUGCUAAAUGACUAAAAAUAAAAUAAAAUAACAGCAUGUUCACCGUUUCUGGUUUAAGAAGUCUUUGGAGUGAAGUGAUAAUUGCUUCCUUUACUGAAAACAUGUUCAGACUGAGCGCUUGAUGCACGGGUGUUUUUGGGCAACGUUGGCCAUGACUGGAAAGCGACCAUAAUUUCCGCUCCACCUUGCCAGUAGGUUAUAGUCUCCUCCGAUGGCAUCUUCAGUGAGGUAGGCUGUGAGCUCUGCGCUGGACCACUGUUGUGUAAUAAUAUAAUAUAAUAAUAUGCCAUUUAGCAGACGCUUUUAUCCAAAGCGACUUAGAGUCAUGUGUGCAUACAUUUUUACUUAUGGGUGGUCCCGUGGAUCGAACCCACUACCCUGGCGUUACAAGCGCCAUGCUCUACCAAUUGAGCUACAGAGAACCACUUUACCAAGAAAAAAAUAACUAGGCCUAACAGUGUUUUAUUCUUAGCAGGGAUUUAAUGAGAUUGGUUGUGGCUUUUGUAACAAUUUUAAAUAAGAUUUACAUAUAGCCUAGACUAAGCACCAAAUCAUAACCAAUGUGUGGAACUACAGUCCUCUAUAUUGUGUCCUUCCUGCGACUCGACACCGUCCGCCCACAAGCCAAACCCUAGUCUGUACUGAAGUCUGUUUUGGGGUUGAUUAAGGAUAUUUAUGCCCCACUCAGACGGAGAGGAUAUUUAGUGUCCUAUGCAGCCACUUAAAACAUGUUUUAUUUAAUUGAAGAAAAAGAAACGGAAAUCAGCCUGGCUUUGGACAAAAAUUGUCCACUACAUAGGGAAUAAUGCCAUCUCAGACACACCCUUUUGUCUCCUUACUGACUGCUCUAUUCUCCUCUGGCCUGUUCUGUUGUUUGUCUAUCAGAUCCCCAUGAACUGCUGGGCCAUCUUCUACAUGCUGUGCUGAGAAGGCAGAGGAGCUAGUAUCCUGCUUUGGGAAGGUGGCCCGGCCAAUGGGCCUCAGGCUGGACCGCCCAUCCAGGUGGAGCUCACCAGUGAGGUAGGACAUGGCACUACCGCCUCUGAGCACCUUUGAACAUUUAUUUUUUUGUGAACAAUUGUUUUUAUUGAAUCACAGAAGCUGUAUAGGCCAUGAUGUGUAAUAUAAUAACAAUUCUGGAAAUUUACCCAACCUCUCUUACACCCCAAAUGAGAUUUGUUUCACUAAUGUCCCUCAACUUUGUGGUUAUUUCUGUGAUGCUGUAUGAGUUAUUCACAUCGGUAAAACAUAAUGCUGGUGGUUGAGGUGAAUUUUGUCCUUUCAUUGUGAAGCGCUUUGAUGUGGAAAAGUGCUAUAAAUCCUAUAAAUUAUGAAUCCAUUAUAAUGAGCUUUCUCUCGCUCUUUAACUUUGGCCCAUUUUUCAGCCCAAUGUGCAGUUGGUGGUGUGCAUCAUGACAGGCAAAGGAGACAACCUCUACAGCGCCAUCAAGAAGCUGUACUGCGUCCAGAGUCCAGUGCCAUCUCAGGUUGAUACUGCCACACCUCCAGACAAUUCACUAUUCAUCUUCAUUUAGCCAGGAUAGUCCACUCAGCAACAAACACAACAUACAAUAAGCAUAAAGUAAAUAACAUGGCUAGGUCCCAGCACUAUUUUGCUUAGCCUUCACCUCAGGUCCUAUCAGAUACAGUAUGUGAAUACUAAAGGGUUCAGGGGAAAAGGCAAGGAACCAACAUUUAGGAACCAGAUGUUCACAAAAUGUCCAGGUUUUCAUGAGCACACAAAAAGGUUUCUCAACUGCUUGUUUAGCCUAAUGCAAAGGUUAAUCUAAAAUAAAUAAAAAGUUGAAUAAAAAAUAAUAAUAUGUAAAUCUCUUCGGCUUUGUAGGCCAUCAACAUACGGGGCCAUUUCCCAACCCCAAAAGCUGAGGAGCAUUGCCCAGAAAAUCCUGCUACAGAUUAACUGCAAACUGGGGGGAGAAUUGUGGACCGUGAACGUCCCUCUGGUUAGUGUUAUAUUCUUCUCUACUGGUAAGGUUUUGGCUGACAUUGACUGUUCUAAGUUUGGGUGUAGGGAUGCAUUGUGUCCACCAGAUGGAGACAGUGGGUUGAUGGAUCCAGAGAUCCGAAUUAAAGCUUUGCAUGACAUAAAGCGGGAAAGGGGAUAUCUACUCAGUUGCACAACUGAAUGCAUUCAAACGAAAUGUAUCUUCCGCAAUCAACAUAAAGAGAGCUUAUCAGGAUUUCAAGUCACAAAUACCUUAUUUUGUAGUGUACAACAACAACAAAAACAUUUACCCAUAAAGUGACACAUGCGAAUGGGAUGAUAUUAAACAAGUAGAGUUUAAUACAGCAAAAUGACAUUUUCAGUAUGCAGUCUGAAUAUGUAAGGGGUUUUGUUUUGUUAUUUUAGUCAAGUCAGUUAUUUUAAUUGUGUUAUUUUAUUUUGUUGUAUUUUACCCCCUUUUUCGUGAUAUCCAAUUGCGAUCCAAUUACGAUCUUGUCUCAUCGCUGCAACUCCCCAACGGGCUCGGGAGAGGCAUGACCCGCCAAACCGCGCUUCUUAACACCCGCCCGCUUAAUCCGGAAGCCAGCCGCACCAAUGUGUCGGAGGAAACACCGUUCAACUGACGACCAAAGUCAGCCUGCAGGCGCCCGGCCCGCCACAAGGAGUCGCUAAAGCGCGAUGAGCCAAGUAAACCCCCCCCCGGCCAAACCCUCCCCUAACCCGGACAACGCUGGGCCAAUUGUGCGCCGCCCUAUGGGACUCCCGGUCACGGCCGGUUGUGACACAGCCUGGGAUCGAACCCAGGUCUGUAGUGACGCCUCAAGCACUGCGAUGCAGUGCCUUAGACUGCUGCACUACUCGGGAGGCCGUAGUCAGCUAUUUUAAAAUGUACCUGCCACUCAACAGUUCUGGUAAAGGUGGGGCGGCUCAUGUUAUCCUUUGGAAGAGUGAUGUGACCAGGAUGACUUUGCCAUCAGGCAGCAAGCUACAGGUUGCAGUCAGAGCACACUGUUUUGGCACAGUCGUGACUGGAAGCAGAGGAAGAAGACUGGGGGGCUCUGAUUUGAAUAAUAUUGCUGGAAGUUAAAUGAGGGUUGACAAUAGCAUUAUAGAUGAGCAGGAGAGGCUUGCUGGGCACAAACGUGUUUCACAUGAUGACCGUUAGUUGCCUAUUGCUAUUGUCGAUUUUUUUGUUGUUAUAGUGUAGUAUUUUUAGCAUCCGUCUUUGCUCUACAUUUAAACAGAAACGUCUGAUGAUGAUGGUUGGAGUGGACGUGCAUCACGACACCAGCAAGAAGAACAGAUCAGUCAUGGGCUUUGUCGCCAGCCUAAACAGGUUAAAAAAACAUGCCCCCUAAAAGAUACAGCCACAUACUAGAGUAACAUAUCAGUCAAUAGUCCUAUUCGGACUAGGGUUGAAUAAUUUCCCGGUAUUUUACAAAUGUUCCAUCCCAAGAAUAAAUCCCUCUUAUCCCGGGUAACCCUGUAUUUCCCCCAAAAAUCGGAAGUGUCAUUCUAAAGCAUAUGAAUAUGUCUGGAUUUGAUUAGAACUUUGAUCAGCAUGAAAAUUCAAGCCUGAUGCUGUCUGAGCCAGAUGAGCACUACAUUAAAGGGAUACUUCGGGACUAGCAUGUUACUAGAUACCCAUAGACUUCCAGUCAUUGCGUUAACGCUAGUUAGCAUUGGCUUGCGAAAGUACCUUUAACUUCCUUCAUUCUGGACACAGAGACAUAAAAAUGGUAUCCACGAGAUCAUCUGACUCAAGGGGAAGUAUCCCGUUAAAUAUUUUUAUGAGCCCUACAUUAGUCAUUUUAUGAGCCCAAGCCCAAAUAAAGCCCAAAUGAUUGUGCCGUUAUCCAAAACAUGAUAGGCUAUAGGACCCCGGGAAGAGUAGCUGCAAAUACAGUGGGGAGAACAAGUAUUUGAUACACUGACGAUUUUGCAGGUUUUCCUACUUACAAAGCAUGUAGAGGUCUGUCAUUUUUAUAAUAGGUACACUUCAACUGUGAGAGAUGGAAUCUAAAACAAAAAUCCAGAAAAUCACAUUGUAUGAUUUUUAAGUAAUUGAUUUUCAUUUUAUUGUUUCGGCCCUCCAGGACCGGAAUUGAAGAACCCUGGUAUAGGGAAUAGCGUGCCAUUUGGGAUACAUCCUAUGACAUUUCCACCUAUUCUUCCCCUCCUCUAGCAUGCUGACCAGGUGGUACUCCAGAGUGACCUUUCAGAUGCCCAACGAGGAGGUCAUCAAUGGGUUCAGGGUGUGCCUGCUGGCUGCACUGCAGAUAAUUUUUUAUUUUUUUACAAAGCUUACUAAAGGCCUUUCAGCCUGGAAAAAUGAUAAAAAUGUUUUGUUCAAAACCAGUUACAGUUAAAAAAUAAAGUUUUUACUGGCAGUGGGCUACACUGCUUUUUGUAGCUUCCAUCAGUGUAAUUGUCUGCAUCACUUCCAAUCCCCCAUAUAUUUUUUAGCAAAUACAGUACCAGUCAAAAGUUUGGACACAGCUACUCAUUCCAGGGUUUUUCUUUAUUUUUACAAUUUUUUACAUUGUAGAAUAAUAGUGAAGUCAUCAAAUAGACCUUACACAGCCUGGAGGUGUGUUGGGUCAUUGUCCUGUUGAAAAACAGAUGAUUCUCCCACUAAGCCCAAACCAGAUGGGAUGGCGUAUCACUGCAGAAUGCAAUGUAAAAAAUUGUAGGUGUGUCCAAACCUUUGACUGGUACUGUACAUAAAUACAUACACACAUAUGCAUACACAUAUAAAUACAUUCAUACAUAUUCACAUAUCCUUUAAAAAAUAUAUUUUUUCCUUUAUUACUUUCUAACCCCUCCCUUAAUUGGAGUAAACUAGUGAACAACAACGCUUAGGCCUCUACUUCCAGCUUAUACAGUGGGGGAAAAAAGUAUUUAGUCAGCCACCAAUUGUGCAAGUUCUCCCACUUAAAAAGAUGAGAGAGGCCUGUAAUUUUCAUCAUAGGUACACGUCAACUAUGACAGACAAAAUGAGAAAAAUAAUUCCAGAAAAUCACAUUGUAGGAUUUUUAAUGAAUUUAUUUGCAAAUUAUGGUGGAAAAUUAGUAUUUGGUCAAUAACAAAAGUUUCUCAAUACUUUGUUAUAUACCCUUUGUUGGCAAUGACACAGGUCAAAUGUUUUCUGUAAGUCUUCACAAGGUUUUCACACACUGUUGCUGGUAUUUUGGCCCAUUCCUCCAUGCAGAUCUCCUCUAGAGCAGUGAUGUUUUGGGGCUGUCGCUGGGCAACACGGACUUUCAACUCCCUCCAAAGAUUUUCUAUGGGGUUGAGAUCUGGAGACUGGCUAGGCCACUCCAGGACCUUGAAAUGCUUCUUACGAAGCCACUCCUUCGUUGCCCGGGCAGUGUGUUUGGGAUCAUUGUCAUGCUGAAAUACCCAGCCACGUUUCAUCUUCAAUGCCCUUGCUGAUGGAAGGAGGUUUUCACUCAAAAUCUCACGAUACAUGGCCCCAUUCAUUCUUUCCUUUACACGGAUCAGUCGUCCUGAUCCCUUUGCAGAAAAACAGCCCCAAAGAAUGAUGUUUCCACACCCAUGCUUCACAGUAGGUAUGGUGUUCUUUGGAUGCAACUCAGCAUUCUUUGUCCUCCAAACACGACGAGUUGAGUUUUUACCAAAAAGUUCUAUUUUGGUUUCAUCUGACCAUAUGACAUUCUCCCAAUCCUCUUCUGGAUCAUCCAAAUGCACUCUAGCAAACUUCAGACGGGCCUGGACAUGUACUGGCUUAAGCAGGGGGACACAUCUGGCACUGCAGGAUUUGAGUCCCUGGUGGCGUAGUGUGUUACUGAUGGUAGGCUUUGUUACUUUGGUCCCAGCUCUCUGCAGGUCAUUCACUAGGUCCCCCUGUGUGGUUCUGGGAUUUUUGCUCACCGUUCUUGUGAUCAUUUUGACCCCACGGGGUGAGAUCUUGCGUGGAGCCCCAGAUCGAGGGAGAUUAUCAGUGGUCUUGUAUGUCUUCCAUUUCCUAAUAAUUGCUCCCACAGUUGAUUUCUUCAAACCAAGCUGCUUACCUAUUGCAGAUUCAGUCUUCCCAGCCUGGUGCAGGUCUACAAUUUUGUUUCUGGUGUCCUUUGACAGCUCUUUGGUCUUGGCCAUAGUGGAGUUUGGAGUGUGACUGUUUGAGGUUGUGGACAGGUGUCUUUUAUACUGAUAACAAGUUCAAACAGGUGCCAUUAAUACAGGUAACGAGUGGAGGACAGAGGAGCCUCUUAAAGAAGAAGUUACAGGUCUGUGAGAGCCAGAUAUCUUGCUUGUUUGUAGGUGACCAAAUACUUAUUUUCCACCAUAACUUGCAAAUAAAUUCAUUAAAAAUCCUACAAUGUGAUUUUCUGGAUUUUUUUUCUCAAUUUGUCUGUCAUAGUUGACGUGUAUCUAUGAUGAAAAUUACAGGCCUCUCUCAUCUUUUUAAGUGGGAGAACUUGCACAAUUGGUGGCUGACUAAAUACUUUUUUCCCCCACUGUAUAUACACUUGUUCUGAAAGGCCCCAGAGUCUGCAACACCACUAAGCAAGGGGCACCACCAAUCAAGCAGCACCAUGAAGACCAAGGAGCUCUCCAAACAGGUCAGGGACAAAGUUGUGGAGAAGUACAGAUCAGGGUUGGGUUAUAAAAAAAUAUCUGAAACUUUGAACAUCCCACGGAGCACCAUUCAAUCCAUUAUUAAAAAAUGGAAAGAAUAUGACACCACAACAAACCUGCCAAGAGAGGGCCGCCCACCAAAAUGCACGGACCAGGCAAGGAGGGCAUUAAUCAGAGAGCCAACAAAGAGACCAAAGAUAACCCUGAAGGAGCUGCAAAGCUCCACAGUGGAGAUUGGACUAUCUGUCCAUAGGACCACUUUAAGCCGUAAACUCCACAGAGUGGCCAGAAAAAAACCAUUGCUUAAAGAAAAAAAUAAGUAAACACCUUUGGUGUUCGCCAAAAUCCAUGUGGGAGACUCCCCAAACAUAUGGAAGAAGGUACUCUGGUCAGAUGAGACACUAUGUCUGGCGCGAACCCAACACCUCUCAUCACCCCGAGAACACCAUCCCCACAGUGAAGCAUGGUGGUGGCAGCAUCAUGCUGUGGGGAUGUUUUUCAUCGGCAGGGACUGGAAAACUGGUCAGAAUUGAAGGAAUGAUGGAUGGCGCUAAAUACAGGGAAAUUCUUGAGGGAAACCUGUUUCAGUCUUCCAGAGAUUUGAGACUGGGACGGAGGUUCACCUUCCAGCAGGACAAUGACCCUAAGCAUACUGCUAAAGCAACACUUGAGUGGUUUAAGGAGAAACAUGUAAAUGUCUUGGAAUGGCCUAGUCAAAGCCCAGACCUCAAUCCAAUUGAGAAUAUGUGGUAUGACUUAAAGAUUGCUGUACACCAGCGGAACCCAUCCAUCUUGAAGGAGCUGGAGCAGUUUUGCCUUGAAGAAUGGGCAAAAAUCCCAGUGGCUAAAUGUGCCAUGCUUAUAGAGACAUACCCCAAGAGACUUGCAGCUGUAAUUGCUGCAAAAGGUGGCUCUACAAAGUAUUGACUGUUAUGCACGCUCAAGUCUUCUGUUUUUUUGUCUUAUUUCUUGUUUGUUUCACACAAAAAAAUAUUUUGCAUCUUCAAAGUGGUAGGCAUGUUGUGUAAAUCAAAUGAUACAACCCCCCCAAAAAAUUUAUUUUAAUUCCAGUUUGUAAGGCAACAAAAUAGGAAAAAUGCCAAGGGGGGUGAAUACUUUCACAAGCCACUGUAUAUUGUCCCUAACAUCCUUACCCCAUUGCAACAGAUGUGGGAUACAUACAGACACACACAUACUCUUACACACUCAACUCCUUUCCCCCACAAUCAACCAUAAGCUCAGAUGCUCAACGGUUGUUACAUCCCAGAGCCCAACUCAAGAAAGGACCUGAUUUAUGAAUGCAUAUACAGUAACAGCUGUUUGAGAAAGCAUGCAAGAUUGAGAUUUGAUUAACCAAUGUAAAGUCCUAGGUGAUGGCGAUCAGAUCCACCCUCUUCCCCUGAAACACACACACGCUGGUCCCCCGUUGUGACCAUUUUCCCCAGCAUCUCUGUGCAGUCAGACACAAUAAUAUGCCCCCUCUCUGAUUGUCCAAGUGUGACCCCCCUCCCGAUGGGUUACUGCAGCCAGUGUUGCCAGCACUGCCACUACCUGGGUGGGGGUACCCCACCGGAAUCCCCACCGCUAGGUAAAAGGUUGUCAAGGUUCUCAUUAGCAGUUUUGAGAAUUUCCUUGUAUAUUAUGCUCUCCCAUCAGGGGGUUCUGGCUUUGUAGGACCAACCCUACCAGGCAGGCUCAGAAUCUUGAGGGGGCGGUGCUGCUCUGGUAGGUCUCUGACCGCAUUUAUCUUUCUGUUUUGGCUGCAUAUAGGCAACUUACAGCAGGCCCAUAAAACAGAUAGGGACUUGUCUUUGAUGUAUGGGUCGCUCAGGUGGGUGUCUAGGGUAUAGGGUGGGGACUGUUCCAUCAUGAUAGGACAAUAAAUAAAAUACAAAUAUUUUUAAAUGUACAUCCCUCAUCUGCACAAAAUUGAAAGCUCUCUCUCUCACAACCCCUGCUCACAAACACACAUUGGUUCUGGGAUAUGCAACCACUUCCUUUCUCACUCACUUAACGCCACACUUUUCCAAACAAAAAAACACACACCACAACUUCCAUCACAACACAUCCACACAUACCCAUAUACUGUGCCUUCUAUGUCUUCUGUUUGCUGUGUUUUUAUGUCCACCAUGUUGAUUUAGUACUUUUGUGUUCCAAUUAGUUAUAUUUGAAGAUGUAUUAUUUUGCAAGUUAUCCUUUCUUCUAAUGCCGUCUUAUCCAUUUAUAAAAUACUAUAAAUGGAAAAUGCAAUACUAAUUAUUUUACAUCAUUCCCUAUCUUGAAAGGUACAGUGUAGUUGUACUAUAUUUUAUUUAACAAUUGUUUUGUUUUAUUGCUUUUCUAUCUAUAUAUUUUUGCAUUAUCACAAUCCCUACCAUGGCUAGUAUUGGGUGUUCCAUUAUUCGACUCCUCUAUGAGAACUUUGUAAUUUUUAGAAUAGCCAUGGACUAUGUUAAAUGUUAGUGAAUUUAAAUAAAUAACCCAUAGUCUUAUAUGAUUAAUGUUUUUCCAGGUGAACCACAACUUCCCAGAGAAGAUUGUGGUGUACCAGGACGGAGUUUCCGGCCAGCUGAACACAGUAGAGCUGUACAAGAUCCCUCAGCUGCUCAAAUGUUUCUAGACGUUCCCUAACUACGAGCCCAAGCUGGCCUUCAUCGUGGUCCAGAAACACAUCAGCACCACCCUGUACUCCUGUUCCAGAGACCACUUCGGAACCCUUCCGCCCGUGACUGUCCUGGACCACACCGUCACCAACAGGGAAUGGUUCGUCCUGGCUCUGUCAUUAUGGAGCCCUGUGCUGUUUAUCCGCCCCCUUCUGCCCCUCUGACUGUAUAUCCUCAGUGGAGAAGUGGGCAGAAUCAGAAUUAGGCUUAGGUCAUCAGCAUCAGGUUUCUAACACUUCCUCAUUUAUCAAAAUAUUAAUUUUUCUCUCCCCAGGGUUGACUUCUACUUGAUGGCGCAUCACAUUCGACAGGGCUGUGGCUUGCCCACACACUAGAUAUCAGUCUACAACACGGCAAACCUCUCCCCAGACCACUUGCAAAGGUAAGGUUAAACAUACACUGGAUUAUGCCACCAUAAAUCUCUGGUUGCAGUAAGGACCAAAUAGUAUCCACUAGUUAACAUAAUACCCCAGUUAUUGUUGACUUUAUAGGUUGGUGGGUGGCGUGGAAUGUGUAGCAUGAAAGCCUGUCAUUCUUGCAGUAUUAACAUAAUCUAACACUGGGUCUCACUCCAGGCUGACCUUCAAAAUGUACCACAUGUACUGGUAUUGGCUAGGGACUAUCCGGGUGCAAGCGCCGUGCAAAUACGCCCACAAACUGGCCUACCUGUCAGGCCAGUACCUCCACUCAGAGCAGGCCAUCCAGCUGGCAGACAAGCUUUACUUCCUCUGA